GUAUUUCCAAAACAAAAUUUAACGUUUUCCAUAUAAUCUUGUGGUGUUUGUUGACAGUGAAACUACGAUAUGAAUAAGAUAUUAUUUUCAAUACUUGUCUUUUUGUCCAUCGCCGUAUGCUAUUCGUUGGCGAUUUGCUGUGGACGAGGUAGUCAUGGAUUCUGCAAUGACUGCAGUAAAGUUCAUUCUGUAUUCUCGAGGGGUCAAAAAUGCUGCGGACACGGAAGUGGGAAAGGUCGAGGUUGUAACAUCUUAUGUUGUGGAUGCGGAAGCUGUAGAAACGGACGUCCUAAGAUUACAUUUCAUUCGGGAUGGUGGUUCGCCAAACGGUACACAUGCGCCAGGAAACGCGGAGACGAGGAGGCAACCGAUUUUACUACAGAAGAUGAGCUUACCGGUUUGAAGGAAACUAGAGACGCUUUCAAUGCGCUAGAUAAAGACGGUGACAAGGUCAUUAGUCCUGAUGAAUUUCUGAAAGGACUCAUGUUGCAUUUGAAUAUGGAUUUUGAAUCUUCCUAUCAAUUGGCCUCCGACUUGCUUCAAUCCAAUGAUCGCGAAGAAAUAGUCGAUCUUCUGGAUGCUGUACAAGAAUCAAAAGAUUUAAAAGAAGAUGACCCAAAAUAUCAAAUUAAUCAAAUGGCGAGAGACGAAUUCGAAGUAAUGGAUCAAAACAAAGAUGGUUUCAUUCAGGAACAAGAGUUUGAUCAAGAUUUGAAAUAAUUCCGGCAUAACUGUGUUCAACCAAAUUUGCAGAUUGUGAUUGAGAAGUAGUAUUAGUCUAUUGAGUAGUUCUUGAAAAUUAAUCGAUUGAUUUCGUAAUAAAUUACAAUGCUAAAUAAUGUU